GCCCCUGUUUUUCGCGUUCCGUGGCUACAGAAGGGGUGUAUUUUUCCCGCAGUUUUAAUGUUAGGUGUAAUGUGUGUUGUUUUCAUUCGUACGUUUGAUCGUGUGAUUGUGUAAAAACAAUAUACGUAUCGCAUAUUGUUCCCUUUAGCUAGAUGUUGACAAAACACAGUGUGGAAGUGAAGAUGAUACCGAGUGAAAUUGGUGUUUAUGAUUAAAUAACAGUUCUCUGACAUCUAUUAGUAUACAGUUGAAGGAAAGAUAAGACUGCAUGUUGUAUUUGAGGUUGUGGAUGGUGUUCUAAGGAAAAAGGAUGCCACAUGAUAUAGUGUACCCUCAGGGCUGCCGGCCAGUCACUGAUGACCUUGGUCCGGAUGAACUUAUUAGAAGGCUCAAAACAUUGGCGCAUACAUUGCAAGCAAUGGACCAAGAUGAGGGCAUGUAUCAACAGUACAUUCCAUUGGCAUUACAUCUGGCUGAUGACUACUUUUUGCAUCACCCAAGCCGAGAUGUCCAGUUACUCAUUGCUUGCUGUAUUGCAGAUGUCCUCAGGGUAUAUGCACCAGAGGCUCCAUACAAGGAUCCAGAGCAGGUUAAGACAAUCUUCUUAUUCCUUAUAAAGCAGUUGUCAGGAUUGAAAGAUCCAAAAGAUCCUGCUUUCAAGCGCUAUUUUUAUCUUUUGGAGAAUUUGGCAUACGUCAAGUCAUUUAACAUGUGUUUUGAGUUGGAUGACUGCCAAGAAAUAUUUUGUAAACUUUUCUCACUUAUGUUCAGAAUUGUCAAUGAUGAACACUCUGGUAAAGUGAAGAGCUUUAUGCUGGAUGUACUAUGUCCACUUAUUACUGAGUCAGAUUUGGUCUCUAAUGAGCUCCUGAAUAUUAUACUUAUGAACAUUGUGGAACCAAAUAAGACUCAACGAAAGAACGCAUACCUUUUGGCUAAGGAGUUGGUAAUUAAAUGUAGUGAUACACUGGAACCAUACAUUCAGACUUUUUUCAACCAUGUGCUCAUUCUGGGGAAAGAAGAAAAGCAGUUGGAGAUUUGUGGAAAAGUUUAUGAUCUCAUAUAUGAACUGAACCAUAUAUGCCCGAGUGUGUUACUUGCAGUACUCCCACAGUUGGAGUGCAAGCUGAAAAGCAGUCAGGAGUCUGAACGGUUAGGUGCUGUUUCUCUGUUAGCACGGAUGUUCAGCGAGCGUGACUCAAAUCUUGCACGUCACCAUACUCAACUCUGGAGGGCAUUCCUUGGGAGGUUUAAUGACAUUAGUGUGGCAAUACGCAUUAAAUGUGUGCAGCAUUCCAUGCAUUUCCUCCUAAAUCAUCCUGAGCUGAGGAAGGACAUAACAGAGACACUGAAGUUGAGACAGCAUGAUUCAGAAGAAAAUGUGAGAUAUGAAGUUGUGAUGGCCAUUGUUCAAACAGCCAAAAGGGAUUUUGAGGUUGUGUCUGAUAGUGAAGAUCUUCUUGAGUUUGUAAAGGAAAGAACAUUAGACAAAAAGUUCAAAAUUCGCAAGGAGGCAAUGUCGGGUCUUGCCUUGAUUUAUAGAAAGCACCUAAAUGAUGCUGAUGUUCCUCAAGCUACUAAAAAGGCAGUAACUUGGAUCAAAGAUAAAAUCCUUCAUGGUUAUUACAUGUGUGGAAUGGAAGAUAGAUUGCUUGUGGAGAGAUUGCUCAAUACUUGUUUAGUGCCAUUUCAGUUACCUACUGAAGAAAGGAUGAAAAAACUUUAUCAUCUUCUGGGAACAGUAGACGAUCAUGCUACAAAGGCAUUUAUUGAACUGGAAAAACAUCAACUGGCAACCAGACACAGUCAGUGGAUGGAUUUGCGUAAAGACUUGGCUGUAGUCCAGAAUUUCGAACAAGUUAUCAUCCUCGCAUCCUACAGACCACUAAAUGUGUAUGAGCGUAUUACACAAACUUUGUCAAAGUACAAUGAAUUCUGUUCAGUUCAAGAAUUUCUGGAAAGUAAUCAUUAUGAUACGUGGUUUUCCUAAGUAAUUAAGAAUAUCUUUUACUUUGUAAAAUAGUUA